UUUUCCUCGGGAACAGCCUUCGAUCCGCUCUGGGCAUCUCCGGGAGAAACUCCAGACCCACCUGCGGCUCCUCAAGGACAGGAGGGAGAAACUGCAGGGGAUGAAAGCGGCCGAGGAAGGGAAAAGCCUGGAAUUGCUCGAGCGGGUGGACGCGGAGAGGAGGAAGGUGGUGUCCCAAAUCCGGGAGCUGCAGCGGCUCCUGGAAGGGCAGGAGCGGCUCCUCCUGGCCAGGCUGGAAAAGCUGGAGCGGGAAAUCCUCGGGAAGCAGGAGGGGAACAUGGGCAGGAUCUCGGAGCAGAUCUCCGGCGUCGCCGAGCGGAUCCGGGAGCUGGAGGAGAAGUGUCGGCAGCCGCCCUGGGAGCUCCUGGAGGGCAGCAGAGAAAUCCUGAGCAGGCUGGAGGAGGACAAUGCCCAGGAGCCAGAGGAGACACCCCCUGAGCCCGGAGAGCAGCUCCCGGGGCUGCCGCGGCACAACGUGGCCCUCAAGGAGGUGCUGAUGACAUUCCAAGCGAGCCUGACGCUGGACCCGGACACGGCGCACCCUCGGCUGCUGCUGUCGGGGGACGGGAAGCGCGUCCGCUGGGAAGGGGGGACCCGCCGGACCCUCCCCGACCACCCCAAACGCUUCGACUCGUCCCGCUGCGUCCUGGCCCUGCAGGGCUUCACCUCGGGCCGCCACUACUGGCGAGUGGAGGUGGGGGCCGGGGGGGCCGCCUGGGCGCUGGGGGUGGCCAAGGAGUCGGUGCCCAGGAAGGGUCGGCUCCGCGUCGAGCCCCGGGGCGGGAUUUGGGCCGUGGGGCAGUGCGGGAGCCGCUGCCAAGCCCUGGCCUCGCCCGCCGUGCCCCUCGCCCUGCGGGACCCCCCCAGGGUGGUGGGGGUCUACCUGGACUACGAGGGGGGGCGAGUGGCCUUUUUCGACGGCGAGGAGGAGGAGCCGAUGUUCGCGUAUCCCCCGACCUGCUUCGGGGGGGAGAGGGUCCUGCCCCUGCUCUGCCUGGGCAGGGGGGGGGAGUUCACGCUGUGCCCGUGACCCCCCCCGGUCCCCGUGACCCCCCCGCUCCUGGAAAAUUCCCCUUUUCCCGGCGUUUCCGUCGACGAGAAGAAACAAGUUUGGGACGAUCCCGAUCCGAGAGAUUUUCUGCUCUACCUGGGCAGGGGGGCACAGUUCGCGCUGUGCCCGUGACCCCCCCGUCCCUGUGACCCCCCUUCGUCCCCAUGACCCCCCCGGUCUUGUCUUGCCCAGGGGAGGUGGAAAAAUUCCCCUUUUCCCGGCGUUUCUGUCGACGAGAAGAACAAGUUCGGGACGAUCCCGGUCCGAGAGAUUUUCUGCUCCGGUGUGGGGUGAGGAGGAGAAGAGGGGGAAGGACCCGAAAUAAAGGGAAACUGGGAAUAAUGGGGUCGGGCAGAA